AUGGCGUCCCCAGUCUCGCCGCGCAGCGAGAUCGCGCAGUUCAGCCUGAGCCGGCCCGGCACGCGGCGUGGGUCGCCUGUCGGCCUGUCUGAGCCGCCGCCGGCGCCUAUGUACGAUGGAAACCCUAUCCGCCUGCGCCUCGCGCCGGUCCUCGGCCAGGGCCAAGAGGUGCCCGAGUCGCUGCGCGACAAGGCGCCCGCGCAGCUGCGCGAGCCGCUCAAGUCGGAGCAGGAAGGCGCAAUGAUGCCGAUCCACGCGGCGUACAGCCGUGCGGAGCUCAUGAACUGGUACAACCUCCAGGCGCGCGUCGCGCACCGCUUCCAUACCCAGAUCGAGCCGCCGAAUAUGCGCGCGCACGACGCGCCGCAGGAGGCGCCGCGGCCAGACGACGACUCGAUCAGCGAGGCGCCCGAGGUGCCGGGCAUCGGCAUGCAAGAUACCAUUGGGUGGGCGGCCGUCGCCGCACGCGAGGGGCGCACCAAUGUGCACCCCACCGACACCGAGGCCAAGGCCGCGCUUACGGUGCACAUGGGGCCGACGCCGGCGUGGAACGAGCCGUGGGAGUUUGACGAGUCGCUCGGUGCGGGGCGCGCAGAGCCGGUCGUGCCCAUCGCCGGACUCUCGGAGGAAAAGACGGCGACGCUGAACAAGGCGCAGCGCCGGAAGCACAUGGUCCGCAUGUUCCUCCUGCGCAACGUGUACGUCCCGCUCCUCUGCCGCGUCGUGAACGUGAUGGUGAUGUCCACGACGCUCGCGCUCGGCAUACGCCUGCGUCUCAAGCUCGACGAAAACCACUCGGAAAUGGCUGUGGGCAUGAGCCCGUUGCUGGCAAUCGUCUUUUCGCCGCUCUCGAUCGCCCACGCCCUGUUCCAGAUCUGGAUCGAGUACUUUAGCCGCCCGAUUGGACUCUGGAAGCUCAGCUCCAAGCUCUGGUACACUGCGCUGGAGCUCAUCUUUAUUUGCCUGUGGUCUGCCGAGCUCGCACUGACACUCGACAACUACUUCACCUCGACCAUUGUCUGCAUCAAUGCAAGCUCGCCGUUUUACCAAAACGCAAGCGCAUUCCGCACCGAACUCACACACCCCGAGUCCAAGAGGACCCUCUGCCAGCUGCAAGUUGCGCUCAUUUGCGUCGUGUUCAUUUCGGUGAUCGUCUACCUGAUUGUAUUUAUGAUCUCGCUCUUGCGUAUCUUUCAUAGGAUUCGGAUAUAA